CUUAAAGUACGGAUCUAAAUUAUGAGGAAGAUAUAAAAAAGAAAGGGAAGAAAAGUCCAAACUAUUUGUAAUUUGUCGCCGCUCCUACGGCGGAAAACUUCGCAAAAAUGGCCAACAAAAACCAACUUCCAACAGCGUCUGGUGGACAGCACCUUGGUAGCACACCAGUAUAUAAUCCUACUGUCCCUUUCGUUUACAAAAAUUUAAAGAGUGUGAUACCAGGAAAGAUAUUUCAUAUCAGCGGAAUACCUUUCCAGAAUCCGAAACGAAUAACAAUCAAAUUAAAGAGUAGACGAGAUGAAAUUUUUCAUUUUGACAUCAGAUUCUCUUACCUUCGUGCCAGCAAUGUAAUAGUUAGGAACAUCUGGCUCAACAACAGAUGGGGACAAGAGGAAAGAACUCUGAACGGACCCUUUCCUUUUAAACAAGACGAACCCUUCGACAUAAUGAUUCUGAUUGAAUCGGCUAGCUUUAAGGUAUCGGUUAACAGUCAACCUUUAUUUGAAUUCAUGCACCGAGUUCCCUUCCGUGGCAUCGACACGCUUCAUAUAUCUGGUGAUGUUCGGCUCUUUGAGGUCAGAAUCUAGAUAUCGAAGAGCAGGCCACUGACAACAGCUGGAUGAUUAAGAGAAACGGAGAAAUCAUUUGAUCAGCAUAAUAAUCUAUUGCUUUAAAACUUGCAACACUUGUUAACCAUCAAAAGCUGACUCUGUACAGCAAGAAACAUAACUCUAUCCUGCUUUUUGCAAGAAGCAUGGCCUCUUUUGGACUUAGAAAAUAUCAGAUUUCUUGAAUAAGUUUUGCGUUUAGGUCAACUUUUCUUCUUAACGGUCAAAGCUAUUGCUUUAAAACUUGGUCCAGGAGCAGUUAUUUGCCAUUAAAAGAUGAUUCUACACAGCAAGUUUUUUUGCAAGAAUUAUGGCCCCUUUUGCACUUAGAAAUUUAUGGGUAUGACAAUAUUUCUAUUAUACAGAGACAAAAAAUCAGAUGAGCGUCUGCACCCGCAGGGCGGUGCUCUUGUUUUAAUUUACGAUACGCCGAGCAAAGAAAUCCUUCGAACAGGAUGCACCUGUAUUACUCGGUCUAAAAAGCCCAUCCUUUGUAUGACGUCACAUACUUUUUUUUUAAAUACAAUGCUAAGUUGGUGUUUUGAUUAUGCUUCAGAUGGAAAAGAAUAUAACGAAAGAUUACAUUUUUUUUGGUGUGGAGUGUAUUUGUAAUAAUUUAACUGAACACUGGCUCCACCAUUAUACAGCAAUAACCCUUUUCACGGCCUUUGACUCAGCUCCAAAAAUCAGACAUUAAUUCCAAGAGUCAAAAUCGGUUUUUAAAAGUCUAAAACUUUAUGUUCUCAGACUGGAAAGUGGCCCGUCUUACAGUUUUGCUGUCAAUUGGACUUGCGGGGUAAUAGUAUGUUCAUCAUUUACAUUCAUGGUGCACAAAUCGGCCAGGAACAUCAUUCAGCUGAUCUUCUAAAAUAAGAACUUGAGCGAUUAAUGUAUACAAAAUGCACAAUAUGAUGUUCAUGAAAGCAUACAAAAUAAUAAAUGUACAUGACUAUGAUUAAUCCAUGAUAUCAAUUAGAUAUUAUUUUACACUUUAUGCCAUAACAGCAGACCAUUCUACCUCCGUUUACUUGCUCCUGGUAAAAAUAUUAUCUUUUACACCAUAACCAGUAGCACAUAAUUAUCGUCUGGUCUAGUAUCAAUAGAAAUAAAAACUGAAAAGGAAAACUGGUUUUCACAAUAAGUUAUCUGAUUGGUAUAUUCUAUUGUAUAUAUAUGUGUACCAAACUAAUCCACGUUACAAAACAAACGGUUCGAUUUUGUUUAGCCGGACGAUUUAUAAAAGACUUACAUGUACGUGUAAGUGUCUACUCAACUCAAUCUCCUUUUCUAUGUUUUCACAAGAAAACCUUUUUCAAAGGACUAAACGUCCCGUCUGCAGUUUCACAUUUUCAUAUAAAGUAACUAAAAAUGUUACAAAAUAUUUGUGACAUCUUUAGAAAUAUGAAUGACUAAUCGCGUAAAAUAAUUUUUCAAUCGCAUACAAAUUUUCAUCACAAAAUUAACGGUAAAUAAACCGAUCUAUCCAUUUUGUAUUUUCAAUAUAGUAUACAAAAUAUGUUAAACUUUAGAUUAAAUUUGUAAUAUUUUUGAAGUUUUAAAAAGUGAAUACUUUGAAGUAUAAAUAUUGAAUAAUACUUCGACCUGAUCUGAUAACGUGUAAAGAUUUUUCACGUAAUACUUUACCAACUUCCAACAAGAUAUAUAUGGACAGAUUUCGUCAAUACUCGAGGGUUUUUGGAAAUAUAGUUUCUCAAUGUCAUAUAUUUUACAAAUAUUAUUCACGGCAACUGGAUUUUGUCGUUAUAAAAUCAUCUUUAUAUUACGAAU